AUGGAUCUCUUCACAAGUGCCCACAAGGACUGCCCCAUGCCCCAGGGCACGGAAACCCUUGACCCACACCUGUGCGAGGGCCGCCCGCCCGCCACUGCUCCAGACCAUGUCGCUGGCCAGGACAAACAGAUGGAUUUCUGUUGGGAUCCUUGGCAGAGAUGCUUCCAGACCACCAAUGGCCACCUGUGCCACUCCAGAUCCUGCGCCAGCAACUACAACGUGGCUGCCCUGGCCACCUCGUCUCUCGUGGGGGUGGUGCAGAGCAUCAAGGACCACAUGACCAAGCCCACGGCCAUGGCACGGGGCCGUGUGGCCCACCUCAUCGAGUGGAAGGGCUGGAGCGCCCAGCGAUCGGGCUGGGAGCUGUCCCCGGCCGAGGACGAGCGCUACCACUGCCUCCCAGACGAGCUGCGGGAGGCCCGCUUUGCAGCAGGGGUCGCCGAGCAGUUUGCCAUCACAGAGGCCACGCUGAGCGCCUGGUCCUCGCUGGAUGGUGAGGAGCUGCACCUCCUCGGGACCAGCCCCCAGGACACGGAUCAGCUCCAGGGUACAGCCCGGGGGCCUGGGCUGGGCCCCCAGCACCCCAGCCCUGAGCAGCAGCAUCCCGGGGACCUGGGGCCCAUGGCGGGGGGCUGCCUGCAGGGGUCGCUCCCCUCGGUGGACAGCGGCUCCCUCUCCGAAGAGGAAGACGAGGUUUUCUAUAACUGAGGUGGGGGCUGCAUGGGGCCAGCACCUGCCCACACCGUGACCUUGGCCAGUCCAUAGCCCAGGCACAUCUGGACUCUGGGAACGCCGCUGGGCGUCUCUGGACCACUUGGGGCAGGCUCAGGGAGGAAG